AUGCACGGCACCGAAGUACCAGCAGGUGGAGACGUUGACAGGGGAAUAACGGCUUCUAUAAUCGUCUUGACCCAGAUUGCGUUUGCUUUCGUGAUUGUCAUGGCAAGAUUUUAUGCCAGAAUCAUGAUCAAAGGUCUUGGGAGGGAUGAUUGGGUCAUGCUUGUUACUUUGUGUCUUUUUAUAACAUAUGGCGGUCUCAUGACAUACGAAUGGAAACUUGGAGGAUUUCGACAUCUAUAUUACCUCAACUUGGAGCAAACAAUGAAAGCCGCAAAGUUCAACUACAUAAUCCAAGUGGUCAUUGUCUUCGCCUUCAUCACUGGCAAAGCUGCAGUGGGAUUUCUUGUUCUUCGAAUCAUGAGUGGUGAUACGACCGCUUGGCGCAAAUGGCUUGUCUAUGGAGCUAUGGCGCUCACGGCUCUCAUCAACGGACUAGAUUGUAUCUUCACCUACGUGCAAUGCAGCCCGCCUGAAGCAUUAUGGGACUCUAGUAUUCCACACACGUGCUGGGAUCCUAGUGUUCAAUCUCGGUUCGCCAUGUUUACUGCAGCUGAGAAUUGCCUCGCAGAUAUUGUACUCGCCCUUGUACCUGCUAGUGUCAUCAUGAAUCUCAACAUGGAUAUGAAGAAGCGUGUCAACUUGACCAUACUUUUGGGCCUUGGACUUAUUGCUGCUGUUUGCUGUAUCGUUAAGACAACAUUUUUGGGAUCACUUAACGCCCACUCCGAUCUUACUUGGAAAACUUACGAUUUGCUCGUAUGGAGCGGUUCGGAACUUUUCGUUAUUAUCGUUUGUGGAAGUAUUCCUCCACUCAAACCAUACUGGGAUCGAUUUGUCAGCGGCAAGAAUCCUGGAUCAUACGGCAGUCCCGACAACAGUUACAACAGUCAUCUCAGCUCAUUGCCAACCCGAAGGAAAAGUCGAAUGUCUUAUAUGAAACAAAGCUUGGAUACGAACAGUUCGACUGAUCAUGUUUAUCCACAACCUAUGCAUGGUGAUAAAUAUAUACAGCGGACAACAGACAUAGAAAUCCACAGUAUGAGGAUCCGUACAGAGGAUUCUAUGGCAUAG